AUGCGGCUGGAUCUGGGCCUGCUGCUGGUGCUGCUAACCGGUGGGGCGGCAGUUGUUGGCCGUGGCGUGGGAGGAGCUGGAGACAAUGUCAAGAACGUGGCCAUUAUAGGAGCCGGGGCUGCUGGCUCAUCAGCCGCGUACCACCUCCAAAAGUACGCUCAGGACGAGGGCCUGGCCGUCAACAUCACCAUCUUUGAAAAGACGGACCGCGUCGGGGGCCGCACCCUGACGGUCAAUCUCUAUGACGAUGCCGCCCAUCCGGUGGAGCUGGGCGCGUCCAUCUUCGUCACCAUCAACCACAUCCUCUACAACGCAACAAAGAACUUCAACCUGCCCCUCACCGAAAUGGCCAUGUCGGACGACGGCGACAUCACCGCCAUCUGGGACGGUGAUCGCAUUGUCUACGAAUCCGUCGCUGGCACCUCCUGGUGGAUGGAGGCCGGCAAGCUGUGGUGGCGCUACGGGCUGGCCCCCUACAGGGCCCUGAAGCUCGUCAAGCGUGUCGUCGGCAUCUUUCUGAAUCUCUACGACGAGCCUUAUUUUCCAUUUCGAUCCUUGACGCGGCGCGUCUUUGAGUUGGGCCUGGAAAAGGUCACCUCCGUGACGGGAGAGCAGUUGCUUGCCGAGAACAAGAUUGGCCCCAACUUUGCUCGCGAAAUCAUGCAGCCUGCCACGCGGGUCAACUACGCCUCCAACCUGGCCUACAUCCAUGGCCUGGAAGCGAUGGUUUCAUUUUCCACCGAUGGGGCUGUUUCCGUGCGUGGCGGAAACUGGCAAAUCUUUGAAAACAUGGUGCAGAGCAGUGGAGCUGCGCUUUACCGCAACACGUCCGUCACCUCCAUCUCAUUCGAAAAGGGCGGCAUGAAGCCCGGUGCGCCUCGGAAAUUCCUGAUAUCGACGAGAGACUCGCAGGCAACGUCGGAUAGAUCAGAGAAGUCUCCCAUCGCCUUUGACAAUGUCGUCGUCGCGUCGCCGUGGCAAUUUAGUGGCAUCAAGGCCGACGAGGGUGUCAUGAAGCAAAAGAUUGACACGAUACCCUACACAAAGCUCCACGUUACGCUUUUCACGUCGCCGCACAAACUUCGUCCCGGGUUUUUUAACCUGCCAGCUGGUAGCCGGGCUCCGAGCAACGUGUACACGACGCUCAGCAAGGAGGAAAAGCCCAAGCAGGGUGCCGAGGGCGUCGGCAAGACGGGCUUUUAUUCCAUCAGCACCUUGAUGAAGGUCAGGAACCCCAAGACGCAACAGACCGAGUUUGUCUACAAGAUAUUCUCCGCCGCCGCCGUGACUCCGGAGUUCCUAGCCGACAUCCUGGGCGCCGACGUCCCGAGCACCUUUGUCGCCGCGCCCGAUGAGGCAUCCGGCUCUGCGGCGCAGACCAUCUCGUGGUACUAUCCGCACUGGUUCCAUUCGUAUCCCAUCGAGCUGCCGCGUGUGACGUUCCAAGACCCCAUCGUGGGCAGGGGUCUCUACUACACGUCCGGCAUGGAGAGCUUCAUCUCGACCAUGGAGACGAACGCGCUGAUGGGCAUGAACGUGGCGAGGCUCAUGGCGGAUCAGUUUGCGGGCAUGUCGCGAGGGGGCUGGCUCCGGGCCGACGAAGGGCGGGGACGGGUGCUGAGGGAGGAUUUCUUUGAGAGAGUUGAGAGCGAGAUGGGGAUGAAUAUGAAUAUCGUGGGGCAGGACGAGCUCUGA